GCACAACAGCUCAGACCUCAGCUCCAGCAUCUGCGUUUUGAAGCAAGGAUGGCUGAGAUGGACAGAAUGUUUCAUUGUGAAAGGAAACAAUGUUCCAGGUCAAGCUGAGUCCGCCACACACAGACCCUCAUGAUGAUUCUAGAAGAAAUCUCGACAAGUCUUAUCAUGUGGUUUUUCUACUCCUUGAUUCCAUGUUUGCUCAUAGAUGGAGUUGCUCUUCUGCCUGCUCCUCAGAACCUCUCUGUACAAUCAAUCAACAUGAAGCAUCUCUUGAUGUGGAGCCCAGUGACCAUGCCUGGAGAAAUAACACACUAUUCUGUUGAGUACCAGGGAGAGUAUGAGAGCCUGUACAUGAGCCACGUCUGGAUCCCCAGCAGCAGGUGCUCACCUACCAAAGUUCCUGAGUGUGACGUUACUGAUGACAUCACUGCCACUGUGCCAUACAACCUCCGUGUCAGGGCCACCCUAGGCUCACAGAACUCAGCCUGGAGCACCCUGAUGCACCCUUUUAAUCGAAACUCAACUUUUCUAACCCCACCUGGAAUGGAGGUCACCAAGGAUGGCUUCUACCUGGUUAUUAAGCUGGAAGACCUGGGGCCCCAGUUUGAAUUCCUCGUGGCCUACUGGAAGAGGGAGCCUGGUGCUAAGGAACAUGUCAAAACAGUGAGGAGCAGGGGUGUUCCAGUGCACCUGGAAACCAUGGAGCCCGGGGCUGUGUACUGUGUGAAGGCCCAGACAUUUGUGAAGGCCAUCGGGAGGCACAGUACCUUCAGCCAGGCAGAAUGCAUCAAGGUGCAAGAAGAAACUCUCCCCCUAGUGCUGGCCUUGACUGCAUUUGCUGGCGUUGUACUGAUCCUUGUGGUUGUGUUGCUCUCCAUCUGGAAGAUGGGCCAGCUGCUCCGGUACUCCUGCUGCCCAGCAGUGGUGCUGCCCAAUACCUUGAAAAUCACCUCUUCACCCCAGAAGUUAAUCAGCUGCAGAAGGGAGGAGGUGGAAGCCUGCGCCACAACUGUGCUGCCCCCUGAGGAACUCUUCAGGACCUGGAUCUAGUAGGCUCAGGGAAGCAUCCAGAUGAAGCUGAGCAACCCAGUCUGUGCAACGCAGGCACUGUGAGGGGAGAAAGGCUGUGCUUCUGUUUUCCUUCAAGGACAAAAGCAGCUAGAGGAGCCUUCUACGUCCAU